AUGGGCGAGAGGAAGGGGACGACGGAGCCAAUUGGACGGUCGCCGCGCUACUCCGACCCAACCCACCAGCCGUCCACUUCUGCUCGCCGUCUAUUCAGCCGACGUGCACAAAUUAGGCAAAUGGGGCCGGUUCGGAGAGAGGACGCCGCUGGCGGAAAAAAACUUUCCUUCACGUCGACUGUGCCCGCAAAACUCUUUGCGCGCCAAUAAUUGAAGAAUCUCAGCAUCAUCUCAGCGCAGCCAAGUCUUACAGCGACAGGUUUCCGUCAAAGAGCCGUUCUGAUAUGAUACAGUUAUAGAUUGGUUAUUUCCAAAAAAUCGAGAUCACUUUUUCUUUCCGAAGGAAUGGGUGAUAACAUAAUGACAAGAUCUACUUAGAACCUCUUUGAGUUUGGCUGAUAUCCAGAACGAAAAAAGUUGAAAGUCUGAAAUUUCUAACGUCGUACUGUUCUGACAGAAUCAAAAAGUUUUAGCGAAUAGAAAAAAAAAAAGAUCUCCGUAACUUAGUGGGUCUACUUGAAUUUAAAUUUAAUCUAUAACUCAAAGGAUCGAGAACUUGAAAUUUUUUAACUUCCAGUCAUUUUGGCUCGAAAUUAAAAUCUCAAAAAAGUAUUUAAAAAAUUGACAGGUUUAUCCUAUCAUCUCAUUCAUAUUAAUGACGUAAUGAAAAGUUGAAAACAGAAAUAUCGUGACUCACACUGUGAUGAAGGAAGGUCACAACUCGUUUACCGUUAGAAAUUUUUGGCGGAUGGCUGCGGGGUUGGUCGAUUUUUAAAAAAAAUCGAAAUACUUUUUUUAACGUUAGAAAAAAAUAUGAUUUGAAAAGGGUUCGACAAAAAAAAAUUCAAAUCAAAACAAUUAAUUACUGAAUACUUUUCGAAGAAAUCGUUGAAAAAGAUUUUUUUCAAAAACUUUCUUCGGAAAAAAAUAUAUUUGAAUGGAAUAUUUUCAUGAGAACAAAGUUCCAUGGAUUUUGCGAAACUCUUUGAUGUGGUGAUCUCAAUUCGAUCAUUAUUAACCUGCGAAAAAUAAGUUCUAGUUUUAUGAGGCUUCAAAAGUAUUUUUCACAAAUAUCACCUUGUCCACGAAAAUUGUCCUUUUACCUCUUCAAUUCUUUAGAAGAGUUACAGUAGAUAAAAAUUAUGGAGAAAAUCAGGAAUCUACGCCAAGAACUUCGUUAUCAAAUAUUUUCUGAUAAAAUCAAACCUACAAGGAAAUCAAACCUACAGCUUGCUCGAUAAGUUUUAAAUGAAAAGACCUUUCUUGACGAGUCCUGUACCAAGGAGGGGAAGACUCUCAGAAAUUUUGUGGUUUCGUAUGAGCAUGAACAGGAAAGGAGAGUUUUGGUUGUUAUCAAACGGUGGACAGAGUUGAUGAGAAAAAUGAGCUGAGGAGAUAUUUAGGCGAGAUGCAUCAACCCAAGGGGUCAGGGACACGUUAUCUGCUCCCUCGGCGCAGAUUCGAAAUACGGUGCUCUCUGCAGACGACUUGCACAAGGAUUGCGGCCAAACUAGGUCAGGAAGCAGAUAGAGCGACGCGCCUUCCGAAGAACCCAAUAACAAGACGCACACGACGUCGUCUUCUCGUUCUGAUCUCAGAAUCAGGGUGGUGGGUAUGGGCGCGCGCUCGCAUAAAACUUUAUUCCGCCACUUCCACAUCGCGAUGGGAUGCACAAACCGACUAUUCUAUCGGCGAGUCCUUAAGAGACCGCAAAAAAACAGGAAUUUACAAGGCAUGAGAAAAGAAAAAUAAGAAAAGCGUCAAAAUGAAAGAAAAAAAAAGGACCCGUGCUCCUUGAAAUGCCUGGAAAAUUUUCUCAAUUAACCUUCCCAACGAUAUUACUUCAUUCUUUUUUUUGAGAAAAUUUGGAAAAUUGACCGAAUUUUUUUUCUGUACAGGAUGGCGACUCUGAAAGUAUCUGUCUUCACACAAAUUUGUUGUUAUCAAAAGCCAAAAUGGUUUUAGUUAAACAUGUGUCUCACAGCUCAUCUCAUUCACUAUACUGGAAUUGAUUUAUGUUAGUUUCUUUUCAUUUAGACAAACUUCAAAGAGUUUGUACCUCACUUGUAAAACCCAAUGACUCAUUUAGUUGAAUUUUUUCAUUACGAUCAAAAAAGAAAAAGUAGCAUAAAAAGGUUACUUUUUAUAACUUCUGCAACGAAAUACUUCAAAAAUCUAUAUGAGAUUCAGUUGCUUGAUUUUUUUUUCGGAAAUGUCCGAAAUUCGCUCUUUAUGAUAAUAAACGACUUUUUCUGACGUUUUUAUAGAUUCAAAUACAGAUGAACUAACUUCCAUUACAAAUUGUGAAAAAAGCUACCAUCGUGCAAUUUUCAAACUUUUCAAAAUCACCGCCUGACCAAAUCGGCUCAGACUCUUUGGUAGAGAUACCGAUGGACGAUGGUUAAGAAGAGUCGGGGAUGUAGGAAGACAAAUGGGCACAAGAUCUGGGAAGAAGAGGAGGCCGAGAGAUACUGGCCGAGCGCCGCCGGCUACCGCCGAGAUACAGGCUCACAGACGCUACCGGAGCGUAGAAACUAG